GAAGUGUCGCGGAGAGAAGAAAAGAUGGCGAACCUGGUGGAGGCGACUAGCCAAAAGCAGUUCGAAGAGUGUCUCGCCAAAGCCGGAAAAUGCCUGACCGUGGUGCAUUUCCACGCGGCGUGGGCCCCGCAGUGCGGCCAGAUGAACGACGUGAUGGCGGAGCUUGCCAAAGAGCACGUCGGCACCACGUUCGUGAAGCUGGAGGCGGAGGCGGUCCCGGAGGUGUCGGAGAAGUAUGAGGUCUCCUCGGUGCCCACCUUCCUGCUCUUCAAGGCCGGGGAGCAGGUGGACCGGCUGGACGGGGCUCACGCCGCGGAGCUCACCAAGAAGGUCCAGCGGCUGGCGGUGAGCGGCGCUCCGGCCGCAGCCGCCGAGGCGCCGGACCUGAACGAGCGGCUGAAGAAGCUGGUCAACGCGGCCCCCUGCAUGCUGUUCAUGAAGGGCUCCCCGCAGGAGCCCCGCUGCGGCUUCAGCCGGCAGAUCGUCGGCCUGCUCAAGGAGCACGGCGUCCAGUUCAGCAGCUUCGACAUCCUGUCCGACGACGCGGUCCGCCAGGGGCUGAAGACCUUCUCCAACUGGCCCACCUACCCGCAGCUGUACGUGAAGGGGGAGCUGGUGGGCGGACUGGACAUCGUGAAGGAGCUGGCGGCGUCCGGCGAGCUGGAGAACACCUGCCCGACGGCCGUGAGCCUGGAGCAGCGCCUGCGGACCGUCAUCAACCGGAGCCCGGUGAUGCUGUUCAUGAAGGGCAACAAGGAGGCGGCCCGCUGCGGCUUCAGCAGGCAGAUCCUGGAGAUCCUGAACGGCUCUGGGGUGGAUUAUGACACCUUUGACAUUCUGCAGGACGAGGAGGUCCGCCAGGGGCUGAAGACCUUCUCCAACUGGCCCACCUACCCGCAGCUGUACGUGAAGGGGGAGCUGGUCGGGGGCCUGGACAUCGUGAAGGAGCUGAAGGAGAGCGGGGAGCUGGUGUCGGUGCUGAGGGGGGAGUCAUAGGCGGCUGGCCCUCAUCCACGGGCCCGGAGCGGCAUGAGGGGCCCCCAGAGUGACGCUCAGCUCUCUGAUUGUAGCAGUUAAUUAGAUUCUGGCUGCAGAAACUGUUGGAAAAUGUUUAUUUUCUUUCUUCUUCCAAGUAAAACAUGUAAAGUUGGCAAAGCGGUAACUCUGGUGAAAUGUUUAGUAAUAAAGCAAAGCCGUUUGUGUAAUGACAGCAUAAAGUCGUGAUUUGGCCCUUCAUGUCUGAUUCUGAGACACUUCUGAGAAAAGCUGCCUGUAGUUCAAGCUUUUUUGGGUUUUUGGUUUUUCUUGAGAACUUUGUUGUUGCACGUUUCACAUCUUCAGGCUCGGGAUGCGAUUAGUAAACAGCUUUUCACACACGGCUCCUGGAAACCACUUUUCCUGGCUCUGUCAUUCUUCCCUGACGAAAACAAAGAUUAAACAAUUAAAAAGAA